AUGAUGUUAAAGAUUUCUAACUUAAUAUUUUUAAUUUUAACAACAGUCAAUAUCAUUACUGCAAGUUCCAUUAGUAACGCUACAAUAAAAAAUUUUAUCAAUGGAACAUUUCCUGGUGAUGAAAACAGCUCUUAUUUAACUAUUAUUGAAGUAAUAUUUAUCAUUUGCUUUGUACUAUGGGCUUUAUGCUUAUUUAUUUCGAUUUUAACUACAAAUAUGAAAUAA